UUUCACUCCUUUAAAUAAUUGGCGGUUUCAGGGCGAAUUAGUGCUUCUCCUCUUCAAUGGAAGAAUACAGAGAGCGACGGUUAGAAACACAAAGAGAAGGAUCAAAGUCUGCAGAAUACCAAGCAGUGAUACGCGCAGGUCCACACGUGCGACCCCUCAAACAAGCUCACGCUCAUCUCAUUGUUACAGGUUGCCACCAUAGCCGAGCCCUCCUCACCAAACUCCUCACUCUCUCUUGCGCCGCCGCUUCCAUUACUUACACCCGCCGUCUCUUCCUCUCCGUCACCGACCCCGAUUCCUUCCUCUUCAACUCCCUCAUCAAAGCCUCCUCCCAACAUGGUUUCUCACUCGACACCAUCCUUUUCUACCGUCGCAUGCUCUUUUCCCCUCACAAACCUUCCUCCUACACAUUCACAUCGGUUUUCAAAGCAUGUGCUCAUUUAUCUGCUCUUAAACUCGGAACCCUCCUCCAUUCCCAUGUUUUCGUUUCUGGGUAUGCUUCCAAUCCUUUUGUCCAAGCCGCAAUAGUAGCUUUUUAUGCUAAAUCAAGUGCACUGAGUCUCGCCCGGAAGGUGUUCGAUAAAAUGCCACAACGAAGUGUAGUUGCUUGGAACACCAUGAUUUCGGGUUACGAACAAAAUGGGCUUGCAAAUGAAGCAAUGUCACUGUUUCACAAGAUGAAUGAAUUGGGGAUUCGUCCUGAUUCAGCAACUUUUGUUUCUGUGUCAUCGGCUUGUUCUCAAAUUGGGUCUCUUGAAUUGGGAUGUUGGGUACAUGAUUGUAUCAUUAGUAAUGGGAUUCGGGUCAAUGUGAUUCUUGGUACUUCGUUGACAAACAUGUUUUCGCGGUGUGGUGAUGUUAGCAGAGCGCGUGAUGUUUUUGAUUUGAUGAGUGAAGGGAAUGUUAUAGCUUGGACAGCUAUGAUAUCUGGGUAUGGUAUGCAUGGUUAUGGCGUUGAAGCAACAGAGCUAUUCUAUAAAAUGAAAAAAGCAAACAGGCUUGUUCCUAAUACUGUUACUUUUGUUGCUGUUUUAUCCGCAUGUGCUCAUGCAGGGCUAAUACGGGAAGGGAGACAAAUUUUUGCAAGCAUGAGAGAAGAACAUGGUGUGACUCCUGGAGUGGAACACCAUGUUUGCAUGGUUGAUAUGCUUGGGAAAGCUGGGUUGCUAACUGAAGCAUACAACUUCAUCAAGGAGCUUAGGCCCGAGGAACUAGUUCCGGCGGUGUGGACUGCAAUGCUUGGUGCUUGCAAGAUGCAUAAGAAUUUUGAUCUGGGUGUGGAAGCUGCUCAGCAUCUCAUUUCUUUAGAGCCUGAGAAUCCCAGCCAUUAUGUAUUGCUUUCUAAUAUGUAUGCAUUUGCUGGAAGAAUGGAUAGAGUGGAAUCUGUUAGAAAUGGAAUGAUCCAAAGAGGUAUUAAAAAGCAAGUGGGUUAUAGCUCUAUUGAUGUCAACAACAAAUCGUAUCUUUUUAGUAUGGGUGAUAAGUCUCAUCCUGAGACCAAAGAGAUUUACCAGUAUUUGGAUAAGUUGAUAUGGAGGUGCAAGGAAGCAGGUUAUGCACCUCUUCCUGAAUCAGCAAUGCAUGAGUUGGAAGAAGAAGAGAGGGAGUAUGCCCUCAGACACCAUAGCGAGAAGCUUGCAGUAGCAUUCGGGCUGAUGAAAACUAGCCAUGGAACUACUCUCAGGAUUGUGAAGAACCUUAGGAUAUGUGAAGACUGUCAUUCAGCAAUUAAGUGCAUCUCUGUUGUGACAAAUAGAGAGAUAAUUAUUAGGGAUAAGCUUCGAUUCCAUCAUUUCAGGGAAGGCUCGUGUUCUUGUUUAGAUUAUUGGUGAAGGAAUUUUAAACUUGCACGGAUCUGAUUAUUAAGUUAUUAAUUUGAGAACAGUCUCUGAAGAGACAACGGCCUAUCAUAUUUAAUAUCCAUUCUUCUACCACUGUUGUGAAGUUGACCAACUUCAGGGAUGAAUUAACUUCCUAGGAGAUGUCAACAGAGGAGGACAAAGAACAAAAGAAACUGAAAAUGAAAAGACUCCUGCUCAGAUUUAUUUUAUAUGCAUACACAUACAUAGAAGCAGAAGAAUAGUUACUCAAUGAUGCUUCACUAAGCUCUUUAACACUACUUUAAUGUGUCAUAAAACAGAUACAGCAUCAUCAAAUAGAUGAAAAGACACAUCAAGCAAAUUAUUCCAAUCAAUGUAUCUCUUAUUUCAUAUGUUACAUGUGACAAGCCUUGAUAUGAUACAUAUACUCAACACGUGCACAUGGUCUGUUGUGUUGAUACUUGAUACAUAACCAUACACAGUACCUAAUCACAGGAGUACGGAACCCGGAGAUAGGUGUUCCAACAAGCUUAAAGCUGAUAUGAUACAGAUAGUGUAAACAUAUUGAUAUUACACAAGUUUGGAAUGUAUUGGUCGGGAAAUUUGAAAGUUACUCUCAACUCAGUAAGUUUUUCUUGCAGCUCAAGAAAACUGACUGGAUUCGAUGUCCUUGUAAGAAAAUGCCUCUACAAGCCUGGGGAAGAGCUUAGCAAGCAUUAUUUUAAAUCCUGUAGAAGUCCCCUUCUGGUUUUCUUGUUCAGUUUUUCCACAUCCAAUGGAAGCUCCUUCAAGAUAUGCCUUACAAGCGGAAAGUAUAUGUUUGGAAUGCUGUCUGAAGUGCUCUUCCACCAGUGCUUCAAAAUGCUGCAUCAGGCAUCAUUAUCAAUUAUGGUUUCAUUUAUACAAUCGCAUUAGAAGUGAACCUUAUUUUCAUGAGAGUAUCCAAAGUAUAGAUAUAGUUAUUUUACCUUUGGUGGCUUUCUUAAUAGAUACAACAUAGAUUUGGUUGUGACAAGGAAAGCAUUCUCAUUAUAGCUCACAGAGUUUUUCUCUCCCUCAGCUCUGCCUAUUUGUUGGUCAUAUCCAGCUUCAUUAAAAUAAGGCUUCUCAUUAAGGACAAGAGCCUGCAGAGAGAUAAGAACUUGAAGAAUAGUAGAGGUUCCAGGAUUCCACACUUCACUGCCUGCGCCUGUCCAAGUAUUUAGGAGACUCAGACAGAUUUUCCCUGACUCGUACAAAUUAGGAUUUAAGCGGAGCCCGCCAGAGUUGUAGUGCACCAUCUACAUUCAAAAGUCACAACGAAAACAUAAGAGCUUAUUCAAAUUUAGAGUUUUUUAUUGAGAUCUUUGAACAUGAGCUGUUACAAACAUGUACAAAAGUCUCUUCUACCAGAAACAUGGUUACACUGAACUUCUCAGUUCAGUUAAGGGCUUUAUAAACAAUGGUGCUGGAAAAACAAAUACAAGCCCUGCAAACUACAUUUAAAAUCUUACAGGUGGUUCGUUGGGAUAUUCCGGAGGGAAACAUAUAUCAAAGAAAAACAAUCCGUCUUGAUACGGAGUUCCAGAUGCACCAACAAUAGCUGCUCGCAUGAGAUCCAUUCUUUCCUCAUAUGCCCGAACAUAAAUAGAGUCUGUGUGGGCCAAUAAAGAUUGUAAGUUAGUAAGUACAUUUACAGAAGUCAUUAUGAAUACUUACAGCUUUAACAAAUUACAUUUUCUUAAGUAAAUCAAACAAUCAUCACACAGCUUUCCUUAAAAUUAGAUGAUUUCAUGUUAUUUAUUUAUUUAAAAAUUGUUUCCAGAUUAAAUAUUCAAUGACCCACAAUACAAAUAUACAUACAUUCUACAUCAAUUGAACCUAUGCACUCUCACUUUUAAAAGAUUGAACUUUGACAAUUUUCCUUUUCUAUCUACAACAACCAAUUUUGUUCAUAUUGUACAUAACCAAGUGUAGUUUCCUAAUUUGAGUUUAAUCAUCAUAUAAAAAUAAUGACUACAACAGAAAGGCUUCUCAUGGAGAAAUAAGUUAUAUAACACUGAUUCAAAAUUAAAAAAAAAAAAAGAAGAUAAAAAGUAUGUACCAGGAAGAUUUUUUUCAAGGAUGCUCCAUUCUUGCUGAACCUUUUUUACCCAGCUUCUUUUUAUCUACAAAGCAAAGAAAACAGUUAGCCUAAUAUAACACUGUAAAUUCUGUAAUAAUAUUUCAUAGUAAAGGAAUGAUUUCUAACCUGCAACAUUGGUGAUCCUUUCCCCUCAUCAAAAAAUUGGUGGUCCUCAGAGCAGCUUUCUAUAACAUCAAACUGCUUAAAUUGGUUUGAACUGUUGUUGUCUAAAGAAACUGGAAACUCAUUCUUGUCAUUGAUCCUAAUAACUUCUGGAUAUGAAGUUGUGUCUUCAGUAGAUUUCAACUCAGUUGUUGGAUGUGGUUCAAUGCAGAGGUUACAAGUUUCUGACUCUUUCUCAUCAGAAAAAUCAGAUUCAUGAUCCUUUUCAAAUGUAGGCACUGAUGAAAAUGCUCCUGUAACUGAAGUUCCACCUAGUGUUUGGAAUAUGCUGGAUUUAAUGCUUGAGAAGAUUUCAGAGGCAGCUUGAGGAAGGAAAAAGGGACUACACUCCUCAAGGUUCUUUUCACAAUUCUCAUUUUUACUAUCACAAUUUAUCAAAUCCUGAACAUUAAACAUCACAUUCAGUUUAUAUUCUUUCCAAUCUGAAACUUCUGUGUCUCACAUAUACCAGUUAAACCAGUUAAAUAAUAUACAAGUAUACACAUGAUACAUAUGUCUCACCUUUCCCUUCUUGUCAAAGGGUAGACUUCCGCGUUCAAUCAUCUCUUGAGGAGCAGGGGUUACAGUUGAGCCUUCAUGUUUAUCAAUCCGAAAAAUUUCAUACGGUGCAACCUGUUGAGAAAAACAAAAAUCAUUCAUAUAUUAUUUCUUAUUAAACAAUGAAAACUAAUGUAUAAUAUACAUUAAAAUCAGACACAAUAUUGGUGCAAUCCAUGCUCAGUAGGAUCAUUCAAUACCAACAUAUACAAUAUGCAAUCCAAGUUCCAUGGUUCUAAUAUUAUGUUACGAUUACCAUCAAAUCUAUGCUUUGACUAUAAUUCGACAUAUAUUUGCAUAAACUGUUCUAUAUUUACAGAAAGGUAUAUCGUUACCUUGGUUGUGAAACCAGUAGCCAAUUUCACCUCCACAUUACUAUCUCUGAAACCAGUAACAGUGCCAACACAGGACAGGUAACAGUCAUCAGGGAAGUCAUCCUGAUAACUCAUCUGGUUCCCGUUUCUAAGAGAAGCCUCCAUAUUCAUGUCAUCUACCGAAAUUUCUUUAAACUGUUUUUGAGCCGCCUUGAACAUAAUAUCACCAAAAAAACACGAGUAGUCUGGGUGCUCUACAAGUUCGUAGGCACUCACAGUUUCCUCCAUUUCGUCUCCAUCCAAAUCAUUAGGUUUGGAUAUGGAAACAUUAUUCCAUUUUACCUUUACAGUAUGCUCCUUUGCAUCAACACAUUGGACAACACCCCAUCUUUGACUAUUAGGCUGAAGAGGAUCAUAAGAAGUACCUUUUUCCAGCACAAAUUGAUGAGGCCAAAAUUCAUGCGUGUUUAUAACAUUCACUGGGAGUAAACUCUCUGGAUCUAAUCCCAGACUCUGCUCACCAUUUUGCCACAAAAUGUCAACUUUGGUCUUUAUCUUCCCAAUUAUAAACAAUUCCUCAAUAUGAGAGUUAAGGUUUUUUCCCUCACUCUUACACGCUCUUGUCAUACUAUGCUUCAUAAUAAUCUGUUCCUCUUUGUCUGCAACCGAGAGCACACACCAAUCACCAAGUUGCCAGUUCGUGUCCGAAAAACAUGGCAACACGGUCAAGUUUCUAGAGUCUUGCCAGCAUGGUGGAGCAUUCACAUUCAAAUUGCUACUCGAAAGAACAGAAGCCAUCCAGUUAACAUGCACCAAACCUGUAUCCACAGCGCAAACAGUUCCUUCAUCUUGGAUGUUUCUCCAAGUUCCACAAAGCCAUCCUGCUGAUUUAGAACCAUCAGAGGACUUAACCUUUACUCUCUGUCCUGGAUAGUAUGGACACUGCAAAUCUUCCGAAAAUUUACAAGUCAGUGGUAAAAGUUUUUCUCUUUCCAAGGCAAUGAUAUCAGAUUUAGCUCCAUCAUCAAACAAUACAGUCACUUUGUCCACGACCCGUUGGACCCGACCGAGCCAUGGCCCCUUAAUUACAUAAUCACCUUCCGAAAUAGAGCGAAUCUUCGAAAGUUUCUUGGAGUUUACGUUUUUGAAUACCUUUCCUUUCACAUUUUCCAAAUCCGCAAACACAUCAACGUUUGUGACCCUCCCCAUCUGUCCUGUCUGAUAUGACAAGGAGCAGACCACAUCACCAUGAACAAAAGCUCUCUCAAAUGAAAGAAAAUCAUCAAUCUUCCCAAUGCUUUCCUCUAAAUUUGAUAAUAUGCUCUGAGCUUGACCACCGUAUUGAAAAUCAUUUUCUUCUUGAUCCUCACUGCUGCUGCUGUCACUCGAAGUCUCCCAUUCCGAAUCACUACUCAUAGCAUCCAUCAAUUAUAUGCCUGUCACAAUAUUUUGAUAGUAACAUCAAAUAAAAUAGCAUGAUGACACAACAAUAGAGAAGAAACAAGUUAGUACAUGGACAGGAAUUCUCACCAGAUUUUGAAAUAGAUGGAAUCAGAACUAAUCUGUACUCAGCAGUAUAUACUUUUGAUUGAUAAAUAUUUUUGUCACAGAUAAUAAUCAGUAUCUCGCGAAACAGGAGAUCUGAUGCCAAAGAAGAUUUGCCUGCCGGUCAGGACAAUAGGAAUCAAUCAAG